AUGACUGAAAAAUUUAUCCAAACUGCCAAAGAGGAAAUAUCACUAUUGGAUGACAUCACUCUAAAUGAAAAUGAUUUAACUGAAGAAGCCAAAGCAUUAUUUACUUAUCAUACAGAUAUUUUGAAUGCAUUCGAAGGAUAUCGACUUCGAAUACUUCAAGACAAAAAUUUAUCAUCUAGAAGUCGACAUAGACUUUUUUCCAUGCUAAAUAUCAAUCACAUAAAUAGUAAGCAAGUUCUUAAUUAUAUGGCUGAAAAUAAAGAACUCAUCUCUCGCAAUUUACCGCUCAUUGGUCCAGUAGUAAUUUGUGGUUUACCAAGAUCAGGCUCAACACUUCUUUACAAUUUACUUGCAUGUGAUCCACAUUGUCAUGCUCCACUGUACACUGAUAUGCGCAUAGAGCCAACGCCACCUGUUUCACUAACAAAUCAUACCGAACACGAGCGGCGAAAAGCUCUGCUAAGACCGUUUCUUACACUAUAUACCGAUAAAGUGAAUGGUACAAAAGAUAACUUCGUAUCAUCUCAUCCAAUGUUCAAUGUCGAGGAGGAUUAUGCUAUCUUGUACCAUGCAGGCUUUAUGGUUGUCCAGAUGGCGAUGCUCGUAAAUAAUCAGUCCAAAUUUAGCGAUUUCUUAUCUAGUGAAAUGAAAAAGGAUUUUAUUUAUAAUUAUCAUGAAUUAUUCUUAAGAAUGUUAAAUUCCGUUAAUGAACCUUCGUCUCAUUGGCUAUUAAAAGCUCCUGUACACUCUUUUUAUCUUGAUACACUUCUUCAACAUUAUCCAAAUGCAGCGCUGAUCAUGACCCAUAGAUAUAUGAAGGAAGUUCUACCGUCGUUUUGUCGUAUGAUGGUGAAUUUUGAAAAAGUGUUCUCAAUCGAACCAAACUCUACCGACGCUCGAGACGCACUUAUCGCACAGUAUACUCAACUGAUUGACAAAAUGGUUGAAUGCCUUCUUGAAUUUCGCAGUACACAUCCAGAGAGAAAUGUUUUCGAUGUGAAAUAUAAUGAUUUAAUGAAACAACCAAUUGACACUGUUCAUCGAAUUUAUGAUCAUUUUGGUUUGAAAUGGUCAAAUGAAUUUGAAAUCGCUAUGCAAUCUUGGCUUCAAGAUAAUCCUCAAGGUAAACAAGGCCGUCAUAGUUACAGCCUAGAUGACUUUGGUUUUAAACAAGAAGACAUUGACGUACGUUAUGCUAAUUAUGAUGAUUUAUUUCUUCGUUCAUCGUCCUCAGGCACAACUCAAUAA